UUUCAAAUCCCUGACUCUCUUCCAUCUCUCAAGCGCGGAGUUGUCCUCUCUCAUCUUCAGCAGCCGCUGAAACCCUCAAACCCUAGAUCGAGAGAGAUCUAGAGAGCAAUCCAAUCGCAAUCCAUGGCGUCUCGCCGUGUCCUCUCCUCUCUCCUCCGAUCAUCAUCUCGCCGAUCCAAACCCUCCUUCUCUAACCCUAGACCCCCUCUCCCGCGCCCCUCUCCCCGCCAACCCACCCAGCCUCCUCGCUCUCCCGUCGCCGUCGAGUACGCCACGCCUAGCACGCCAGCCAGCGCCGCUCCGUGCGAAUCCGCGUGCGUCAAGGGCCCCGCUCCCAGCGGGAAGAUCACCGAUGAGUUCACCGGAGCUGGAUCGAUCGGAAAGAUCUGCCAGGUCAUCGGUGCCGUCGUCGACGUGAGGUUCGAUGAGGGGCUGCCUCCGAUCUACACGGCGCUCGAGGUUCUGGAUCGGGAGGAGAGGUUGGUUCUCGAGGUCGCCCAUCAUUUGGAGGAGAAUGUUGUGAGGACGAUCGCUAUGGAUCUCACUGAUGGGCUCGUUCGAGGAGGGAAGGUCUUGAACACUGGAUCUCCUAUCACCGUGCCUGUUGGUCGUGCAACUCUUGGACGCAUUAUGAAUGUUAUUGGGGAACCCAUUGAUGAAAGGGGUGAUAUUAAAACAAACCAUUUCCUUCCAAUCCACAGGGAACCCCCUUCUUUUGUGGAGCAGGCUACUGAACAAGAGAUCCUUGUCACUGGAAUUAAGGUUGUCGAUCUGCUUGCACCCUACCAGAGAGGAGGAAAGAUUGGGCUUUUUGGUGGUGCUGGUGUGGGGAAGACUGUGCUUAUUAUGGAACUUAUCAACAAUGUUGCUAAAGCUCAUGGUGGUUUCUCCGUCUUUGCUGGUGUUGGAGAACGUACCCGUGAAGGCAAUGACUUGUACAGGGAGAUGAUGGAGAGUGGUGUCAUUAAGCUAGGAGACAAGCAGAGUGAGAGCAAAUGUGCUCUUGUUUAUGGGCAAAUGAACGAGCCCCCUGGUGCCCGUGCUCGUGUUGGACUGACUGGACUUACAGUUGCUGAGCACUUCCGUGAUGCUGAAGGGCAAGAUGUGCUUCUUUUCAUUGAUAACAUCUUCCGUUUCACCCAAGCAAAUUCUGAAGUGUCUUCACUUCUUGGGCGUAUUCCGUCUGCUGUCGGUUACCAACCAACACUAAGUACUGAUAUUGGAGGACUUCAAGAGAGGAUUACGACAACAAAGAAGGGUUCCAUUACCUCUGUACAAGCUAUUUAUGUGCCUGCAGAUGACUUGACUGAUCCUGCUCCUGCAACUACCUUUGCCCAUCUUGAUGCAACAACUGUGUUAUCUCGACAGAUUUCAGAGCUUGGUAUAUAUCCUGCUGUGGAUCCGCUUGAUUCUACAUCUAGAAUGCUUUCUCCUAAUGUCUUGGGAGAAGAGCACUACAAUACUGCUCGUGGUAUUCAAAAGGUUCUCCAGAACUACAAGAACCUUCAAGAUAUUAUUGCAAUUUUGGGAAUGGAUGAGCUUAGUGAAGAAGAUAAACUGACUGUUGCUCGUGCUCGAAAGAUCCAGCGAUUUUUGAGCCAGCCUUUCCAUGUUGCCGAAGUGUUCACGGGUGCACCUGGAAAGUACGUUGAUAUUACAGAAAGUGUCAAUAGCUUCCAGGGUGUCCUUGAUGGAAAGUAUGAUGACCUGCCAGAGCAAUCAUUUUACAUGGUUGGAGGAAUUGAGGAGGUUGUUGCCAAGGCCGAGAGGCUUGCAAAGGAGAAUGCUUAACCAAAAGGGGAUGUUUAUUUUGAGCGCGUGUAAUAAUCUUAAAAUGGAUGCAAGCAUCCAAAAGGAGAUUAAUUUUUUUUUGCGAGGUCAUAAACAUCAGUCCUGUUUUGAUCUAGGUUUUGAUUUGAUGAGAGCAACUGGCUGUUUUCCUCUAUUUUUUUUUCAGUCCAAUAAGAAUGCUAACAUUGUGUUUACUUUUUCUUGCAUGUGAAAUACAUCCCUUUCAAUUAUAUAUAUAAUUCGAAUGACUUUUAGUUGGGCAUCAUAA